AUGGAGGGAGGCCGCUGGAGGGUCCCCCUGCUGGUGCUGAUCGCCCUGACCCUGGUGGCCAAGCUGGGCCACUUCCAGAGAUGGGAGGGGUUCCAGGAGAGGCCGAUGAGCAAGAAGAACAUGAACUCGACGCUCAACUUCUUCAUCCAGUCCUACAACAACAACAGCAACGACACCUACCUGUUCCGGGUUCAGAAGCUCAUCCGGAGUCAGAUGCAGCUGACCACGGGAGUGGAGUACAAGGUCACGGUCAAGAUCGGCCGCACCAAAUGCAAGAGGGAUUCCAAGAAGAACUCUUCCUGUCCUCUGCAAAGCAAGAAGCUGAAGAAGAGUUUGAUUUGCGAGUCUCUGAUAUACACGGUGCCCUGGAUGAAGUAUUACCAGAUGUGGAACAACUCCUGCCUGGAAGACUGA